GCGCGCGGCCAUCUGCCGCCUCGGUCCAUAAAUCGGGCGGGGGCUGCCGGGCGCGGCUCCUGCACGGCCCCGGGGGGUCCCGCACGCUGCCCGGGCGGCGGCAGCGGCAACAGCAGCAGCAGCGCGGGGCUCCGGCAGCACCGCCGCCCCCGCAGCGCCGGGCCGCGGAGCGCAGCCCAGCCCGCCGCGGCGAAAGUUUUGCCUCGCCUCGCCUGGCCCCGCGCCGUGGCGGAGCCCCUGCCCGGCUCGGCCUGGAGCCGGCGGCGGCCCGGCGGGCAUCGCCUCCCGACGCGGGGCGCCGGCAGGGCAGCGGCGCGCCCGUCCCCGCCGCGCCAUGCCGCUGGGGCACAUCAUGAGGCUCGACCUGGAGAGAAUCGCCCUGGAGUACGUCGUGCCCUGCUUGCACGACAUCGGCUUCUGCUACCUGGACAACUUCCUGGGGGAGGUGGUGGGGGACUGCGUGCUGGAGCGGGUGAAGCGGAUGCACCGCGACGGGGAGCUGGCCGACGGGCAGCUGGCCGGCCCCAGCCGCGGCGUCGCUAAGCGGCACCUCCGCGGCGACCAGAUCAAGUGGAUCGGGGGCACGGAGGAGGGCUGCGAGGCCAUCAGCUUCCUCCUCACGCUGAUAGACCGGCUGGUGAUGUACUGCGGGAGCCGGCUCGGCAAGUACUACGUGAAGGAGCGAUCCAAGGCUAUGGUUGCUUGCUAUCCUGGAAAUGGAACUGGGUAUGUUCGUCAUGUGGACAAUCCAAAUGGUGACGGGCGUUGCAUCACCUGUAUUUAUUACCUGAAUAAGAACUGGGACUCUAAGCUGCAUGGUGGAAUUCUUCGGAUAUUCCCAGAAGGAAAGUCCUAUGUAGCAGAUGUUGAGCCGAUUUUUGACCGAUUACUUUUUUUUUGGUCAGAUCGAAGGAACCCACAUGAAGUCCAGCCUUCUUAUGCAACCAGAUAUGCCAUGACUGUGUGGUAUUUUGAUGCCGAAGAAAGAGCAGAAGCCAAAAAAAAGUUCAGGAACUUAACCGAUGCAAGGAAGAGAGAAGCACCUCUUAAUGAAGACUAAUCAACUGUUCCUGAACUCUUUGUGAGGAAAUAAGAUCCCAAAGAUGACUGCCAUUUCCAGCGAACAAGGGCAAAUUCUUGUUAUGCACAAGAACACACUGGUUGUGUCUAGCAUGUGCAUCUUAUAUUGAUGGUACUUCAGGCAGCCUCCUGUCAUGCCUGCAUCUGGCAGAAGGAACACUUGUUUUCUAUUUGCCUUUUGCUGGAAAAAGUAACCAGGGUUUAAAAAAAAAAAAACCAACAAAGAGUAUCACUAAGCCUAGUGGUAGUGGCUCAGCCAACUGGCUUUUGAUCACUCUUGUAACCAAGAUAAUGAUCAUUGGAACUAGUGGUAAAAACCUGAGUCUUAUUUGCACUUUAUG